AUGGGACAGCUGUUACUGGGUGUGGUGCGGAUCAAAGACGAUACUGAAAUGUUCCUCACAUACGUGAUACCGGUGUGCCGAAGCAGUGGAGGCAAAGGCGAUUAUUUAAGCGUGGACCAGUUAGUCCACUUUUUGAAUGAAAAUCCGAGAGAUCCGCGUCUGAAUGAAAUACUCUUCCCGUUCUUCGACUCUAAAUGUGCUCUCCAAAUCAUACAGCGUUAUGAACCUGAUGAGAAACUCAAGAGGAAAGGUCUGAUGUCAUGUGACGGGUUCUGCCGGUGUCUGGUGGACCGGCUGGAGGUUUAUCAGGAGAUGGAUCAUCCGCUGUCUCACUACUUCAUCAACUCGUCUCACAACACGUACCUGACCGGCAAACAGUUUGGAGGAAAGUCGUCAGUGGAGAUGUACAGACAGGUGCUGCUGACCGGCUGCAGGGCAUCCAUUGCUGAGACACUGAUGAUGGAGGCCGGAUGCCCGCUGCCGUCUCCAAAGGGCCUCAAAGGAAAAAUCCUCAUCAAGAACAGAAGAUUAAAACCUGAAGUUGAAAUAAGUAGUGAUAUAAACCCCAUUCAAAAGUUCUACCAGUUACGACAUGCCUCUUAUAAAUUUGGAAGUAUCCAUGAACAACUGGAGCCGAGCAUCUCCACAAACAUGUCUGAAGAUGAGAAUGAGGAGGAGACGUCCACCGUUUCCUUCAAUGAGAUGCGCAGCUACAAGAAACGGCAGAUGAGUCGCAUCUACCCCAAAGGAGGCCGAGUGGACUCCAGUAAUUAUAUGCCACAGAUCUUCGGUUGCCAGAUGGUGACUGCUGAUAAUAGCUCUUGUAAUGAAUGGCUCCGCUCUGGCGUGCUGGAAGCGGUCCAGCUUGACUCUGCUCUGGACUCUCACAGGUAUCUGCUGAAGCCCGAUCAGAUGGUCGACCCGUUCUCAGAGACGCCGGUGGAUGGAGUGAUCGUCCAGGUGAUUUCAGGCCAGUUUCUGUCGGAUGAGAAGAUCGGCACGUACGUGGAGCUGGACAUGUACGGCCUCCCGACAGACACCAUCUGUAAAGAGUUUUGCACGAGGACGGUGAUGAACAACGGGCUGAAUCUGGUCUACAACGGAGAAGCGUUUGUCUUCAGGAAGGUGAUCCUCCCAGACCUCGCCGUGCUGCACGUGGCCGUGUACGACGACAGCAAUAAGCUGAUAGGACAGCCCAUUCUCCCGCUGGACGGACUGCAGUCCUGUUACAGGCACAUCUCCCUACGAAACGACUACAACAAACCUCUGUCCCUGGCCACCGUCUUCUGCAACAUCAUCCUCAAAACAUACGUGCCCGACGGCUUCGGAGCGAUUGCCGAUGCCCUGUCUGAUCCCAAGAAGUUCUUAUCGGUCUGUGAGAAGAGAACCGACAAAAUGAGAGCCAUGGGCAUUGAGAUGGUGAGAGUCUGUAUCAUUAAUGCACACAACCUUGAGAGCCCUUCAUUUACUUUAAUCAGCACUCGUUGA